AUGACAGAAAAAACUCCCCUGUUACAUUACCGACUCACCACCAGUCCCGCUCCGGAGAACACCGACGUGCCCAAACACGCCAUGGGCAAAGACGACCGAGAGGCCGAGGAGCAAACCAACCGGAAGCUCGGAGUGGUGUUCGGGGUGGUCAUCCCAACCUUACUGUCCAUGUUUAGCGUCGUUGUGUUUCUGCGAAUUGGGUUUGUUGUGGGUCAGGCAGGGCUGUACCAGUCUAUUGCCAUGUUUCUGGUGGCCUACUUCAUCAUCACAAUGACCGUGCUUUCCGUCUGUGCCAUCUCCACCAAUGGGGCUUUAGAUGCCGGAGGUGCCUACUACAUGAUCAGCCGAGCUCUGGGUGCGGAGUUUGGUGGCAGCAUUGGCAUCAUGUUUUUCCUUGCCAAUGUGUGCGGUAGUGCUCUCUACAUUUUGGGUUUGGUUGAGGCCAUCAUGCCUACCUUUGGAGUCCCAAAAGAGGGUGUUGCAGCUGUUGCAGGUCUCCAUCACGUGUUGCCUUCAGGAUACUGGUGGUCUCUGCUUUAUAGCACUGUCCUGCUGUUCCUCUGUUUCAUUGUCUGUUUGGUGGGAGCGCACAUCUACGCCAAAGCCGCCUUCAUUAUCUUCAUCAUAGUCGUGACAGCCCUGGCUUCUGUCUUUAUUAGUUUUUUCACCGUGGGGCCCAUUGGCGUGAUUCUGCCAGAUACUUCCGUUCUAAACAGCACCAGCAUGAGCACCGCCAAUUAUACCGGCUUCCGGCUGCACACGUUGGAGGGUAACCUGUUCUCCGGUUACACAGUAGACUACAGCACGGAUGCCAUGAUGAGUUUCGCUGGAGUUUUCGCUGUCAUGUUCAACGGCUGCACUGGAAUCAUGGCUGGCUCCAACAUGUCAGGUGAUCUGAAGAAUCCCAGCUAUUCCAUCCCGAGAGGAACGCUUGCAGCUGUUCUUAUAUCUUUCAUCACGUACAAUCUGCUUAGUCUGCUGGCCGCGUGGUCUUGUGACCGUUACCUUCUCCAAAGAGACUACAGCUUCCUGGGCGACAUCAAUCUAUGGCCUCCCAUGGUGACACUUGGUAUCUACUCCUCCGCCAUGUCUGCUGCAAUGAGUAACCUUAUAGGAGCCUCCAGGAUACUGUAUGCCCUGUCCAAAGACAACCUGUUCGGUGGUGUUCUGGCUCUGGCAAAGAAAACAUCUCAGAGUGGGAAUCCCUGGGUCUCGGUACUUGUCUCCUGGUUGCUUGUGCAGGUGGUGCUGUUUGCUGGUAAAUUGAACACCAUUGCUGGUGUCGUAACCAUCUUCUUCUUGUUGGUCUAUGCUGCUGUGAACCUGGCCUGUUUGGCUCUGGAGUGGGCUUCUGCACCAAACUUCAGACCCUCCUUCUAUUGUUUCACAUGGCAUACCUGCACUCUGGGCAUCCUCGGCUGCCUGGUCAUGAUGUUCUUAAUCAGUGCCGUUUACGCCUUUGUCAGCAUCGCCUUCAUGCUGCUGCUCUUGAUGCUUAUUCACUAUCUGGGGCCCAUCAGCAAAUGGGGCUACAUCAGCCAGGCACUCAUCUACCACCAGGUACGCAAGUACUUGUUGAUGUUGGACGUGCGCAAGGACCAUGUGAAGUUCUGGAGGCCCCAGGUGCUGCUGAUGGUUGCAAAGCCUCGGAGCUCAACGGGUCUCAUGACGUUCAUUAAUGACCUGAAGAAGAGUGGCCUCUAUGUGCUGGGACAUGUAAAGCUGGGUGUGCUGGAUGAGUUGCCCUUUGAUCCUUUGCAGAGCUGUUACGACGCCUGGCUGUCUUUAGUGGAUCAUUUAAAAAUCAAGGCAUUCGUCAACCUGACCCUGGCUGACUCUGUCCGACACGGAGUUCAGAAUCUGCUUUUCAUCUCAGGCUUUGGUGGGAUGAGACCGAACACCCUUGUGUUGGGUUUCUAUGAUGACUGCUCCCCUCAAGAUCACCUUCCAGGUCAAAUUCUCCUGUCUGCAGCCCAAAGGUUAGAGACAGUCUGUUCAACCACAGACCCUGAGGAGCAAUGCUCCCUCUUCUUUCCUAGUGUACGGGACGCUGAGGGACCCAAAGACCUCGACGCCGAGGAAUUUGUAUCAGUGAUUGCCGAUGCUGUAAAAAUGGGAAAGAAUGUGACACUGGCUCGUUAUUUUAACCAAUUCAACCGGGAGGAAGUCUUAGGGUCUGGAAAAAAGAUCGGAGGCCACCGAAAGGUGACGGGGCCAUUCAUAGAUGUGUGGCCUCUGAAUCUGCUUCAGCCAGACAGCCGUGGUUAUGUUGACAUCUGCUCAUUGUUCCUGCUGCAGCUGGCCUGCGUACUUCAUGAGACCCGAGCCUGGAACCAGGCGAGACUCCGCCUCUUCCUGUGUGUGGAGGCUGGGUGCAGUUUGCAGGAAGAGGAGGAGGAGAAGAAGCUCCGGAUGAUGCUCAAGGAACUGAGGAUCGCAGCUCAAGUGCAGAUGGUUCCUUGGGACCAUGUGGUGGCACUGCACUGGCAGAGACGAGGAGGAAGAGGGAAUCUGAUGGAGUCCGCACAGAAUGAGAGAACAAAGAGACAUGAGGAUGGUGAGAAGGAACAUAGAACCCAAACGUUUCCAAACAAUGCUUCUCACCUCACAGAUCAGUAUAUCUGUGCUGUCAACAAUCUGAUUUGCGGACAUGGUGCUCCUCAGCCAGCCGUGCGUUUCCUGUAUUUGCCGAGCCCUCCAGCAGACACAAGCCGUUACCAUGCCUACCUGCAUCAGGUGGACCUGUUGAGUCGAGACCUUGGCCCGACAUUACUUGUUCAUGGAGUCACUCCUGUGGUCACUACUGACCUUUAG